AGCCAUUUCGCAAAUUGCGUUAGUAGAGAAAACAUUUCUCAGUAGGAAGCAGCUAGAACGAAAUUCAUUCAUCUGCAUAGUUUCGAGACUGCUUUAAAUAUUACAAUUUUCAUAUUAAAGUCGGAUAUUUUAUUUCUUUUUCACGGGCACCAACAAUGGCAAAGGCAAUUUUCCUGUUGGGACUGGCUGUUUUGAUGGCAUUGGCUAACGCUCAGUAUCAAGGAGGAUUUAUGGCGAGUCCUCUCUCGGAAAACUCGUUUCAAAACAACGAAGUUUGCAUCAGUUAUUUGAACACGUCGCUCGCUGAAUCUAUGGUCAAACUCAAUCGACCAGGAAACGCCAACAACGCUGGCUUCAAUGCUAUUGGAAAAGAAGUCGAAGAAAUAAUCAAUAAAAAAAUUACUAAUUUGAUGUUGAAAUGUAGAGGAAUCAAUCUAACAACUCCGCCCGAAAUCGCUAAUCACUUCAAUAUGGAUGGAAAGAGUUUCUUUGUUGAGCAGCUGGCUAUUCAGAAAACUGAAAUUAAGCCCAGAUUGAGAGCGGAAGUAGAUAACAUAAUACAAAUUGACAAACUGAAGGCUUCGUUGAAUAAAAUAGCCAAAGAAAAAGCGGAACAAGAACAAUUGGGUUCGCAAAAGUUAAGUCUUGCGGCAAGUAAAAGAGCCGAAAUCGAGAAACUGAAAGUGAGAUUAGAACAGAUGAUUCAAAGUCGAAAUCACGAGUACCAGAGCGGAAACUUCUAUUACAACCGCUUCAAUCAGCGCAGCCUCGAGUUGCAGGAAGAGAGGAAAAAAUACGCCAGUCUCAAGGAAAAAUAUGACGAAAUUCUGACCAAUGUUUGCGGAUGUACAAGAUGCAGAAACAAUCAAACACCAAACAACUGGGCGAAUAUUCUCAGCACCGGAAGAAAUGUCGAAAAAGAAACGAAUACUUCGGAAGUCCUAUGGAAAACUACUACGGUCAACACUCCGACUAUUCAUUAGGAAACGCGUGUCCUAUAAAUUGUUGCUUUCUUCCUGCUCUCAUUUCUUACAACCCUUGCUGUUCUGAGUAAUACAAUACUAUAAGGAUUAA